UUUCCGGAGGGGGCCUUACGGGAGUUCCGGUUAGUCACACGUGUGCGGCAACAUGGCUGAUCUGCAGAUGAAGUUGCUGAGGAAGAAAAUCCAGAAGAGGAAUGAGACGAUCAAGAAGAGAAACCAGAAAAAGCGCGAGUUACAAAGUAAGAUUGCAGCCAGUAAUGCUGAGGAGGAGAUUGGGAUUGCUGAAACAGAGGAUCUGGUGAAUCAAAAUGAAAAGGUGAAUAACCAGACAGAAACCCAUGCAACAGAUAAUGUAGAGAUCAGCAGUAAUGUGAAGCAUCCCACUAAAGACGCAGAGACUGAUGGACCUGCCAGACCUCCAAAAGCCAAGAAAAAAAAGAAGAGGAAAAUUGUUGCAGACGCUGAAGAGUUUGAUGCUAAGAAAGCAAAAUGCACAGAGGACGGAGUUGCAGAGGAAGUAAAAGACUCAACCGAAGAGAGCCUACCUGAAAAGGGGGAUGAAGAGGAGGAGGAUGAGUCCAGCUUGCCUAUGGGAUUGAGCGGUGCAUUUGAGGACACAGCUUUCUCUUCUCUAGCUGAUGCUGUGAAUGAGAACACCUUGCGAGCCAUUGUCGAGAUGGGUUUCACAAACAUGACUGAGAUCCAGCACAAAUCUAUAAGGCCCCUGCUGGAGGGCAGGGACGUUCUGGCUGCUGCCCGCACUGGGAGUGGUAAAACCUUGGCUUUCCUUAUACCAGCAAUUGAAUUGGUUUAUAAACUCAAAUUUAUGCCACGGAAUGGUACUGGUGUCCUCAUUUUGUCCCCCACAAGAGAGCUGGCAAUGCAGACAUAUGGGGUCCUAAAGGAGCUUAUGACUCAUCAUGUUCAUACCUUCGGUUUGGUCAUGGGAGGCAGUAAUCGAUCAGCAGAGGCACAAAAACUAGCUAAUGGGGUAAACAUUGUGGUGGCAACUCCGGGCAGACUGCUGGACCAUAUGCAGAACACACCUGGCUUCAUGUACAAAAACCUGCAGUGUCUGGUUAUUGAUGAGGCAGAUCGGAUCCUAGAAGUUGGCUUUGAGCAGGAAAUGAAACAAAUAAUAAAUCUGCUGCCAAAACGCAGACAGACAAUGCUGUUUUCUGCCACUCAGACUCGCAAGGUGGAAGAUCUUGCUAGGAUCUCCCUUAAGAGGGAGCCUUUAUAUGUGGGAGUGGAUGACCACAAAGAAACAGCCACUGUGGAUGGACUGGAACAGGGUUAUGUUGUUUGUGCCUCUGAGAAGAGAUUUCUUUUACUAUUCACAUUCCUGAAGAAGAACCGCAAGAAGAAGAUGAUGGUUUUCUUCUCUUCCUGUAUGUCAGUGAAAUAUCAUUAUGAACUUCUCAACUACAUUGACCUACCUGUCAUGGCAAUUCAUGGAAGGCAAAAACAAACCAAACGGACCACAACCUUCUUUCAGUUCUGUAAUGCUGAUACUGGGAUUCUGCUAUGCACAGAUGUUGCUGCAAGAGGCCUGGAUAUCCCUGAGGUGGAUUGGAUUGUCCAGUAUGACCCUCCAGAUGAUCCUAAGGAGUAUAUACAUCGUGUUGGCAGGACUGCUAGAGGUAUUGAUGGGAAGGGCCAUGCUUUAUUGAUCCUCCGGCCAGAGGAGCUAGGAUUUCUACGAUACUUGAAACAAUCCAAGGUGCCACUAAGUGAAUUUGAAUUUUCCUGGAGUAAAAUUUCGGACAUCCAGACGCAGUUGGAGAAGUUAAUAGAGAAGAAUUAUUACCUACACAAGUCUUCACAGGAAGCCUAUAAAGCAUAUAUCCGGGCAUAUGACUCUCAUUCGCACAAGCAGAUCUUUGAUGUCAAUACACUUGACCUGCCCAAAGUUUCCCUGUCCUUUGGUUUCCGGGUUCCUCCUUAUGUUGACCUCAAUGUAAACAGCAGUGGAGGCAAGAGGCUGCAGAAGCGAGGAGGUGGUGGUGGAUUUGGGUAUCAGAAAUCCAAAAAUUUGCACAAAACUAAGAUAUUCAAACAUAUUGAUAAAGGCAGUCGUGGUGGGAAGCGGCAGUUCACUCGAUGAGAUCGCUGCAGACACAUGGAACUUAUCUCCUGUUAGGGGUUUCUGUUAACAAACUUGGACUUCUUAGUAAACUCCUGUUCUCAACUCAGUGCAUUGAGAAUGUUUUGGUAUUUUUCUAAACACAUUGCAAUUAAAUUUUACACCCUGAAAAUCAUGUGAGCAUUUAACAUUUGUUCAUUAUGUUUAACUGUAAAGUUUAAAGUUGCAGUCAUAAGUCUACAGUUGUGUAUAUAUAAGACCUAUUCUUAAUACCUUAUUUUCAUAAAAUAUAAAUGUCGUUUUACCUAUAUUAUCCAUUAUCUGUGUUUUGUUGCCUUUUUCUAAUUAUCAUUUUCAACAUGGAUAAAAUGUCAGUUUCCUAGCAAACCAAGUAGACUCCUAAUACAGUUGCUUGCCAAGCUGACUGAUUGCAAGGUUUAUUGGAGAGAAGCAGUGUGUGAUUGGCAGACUCAGUGGUGCCUUGGAAAAGCAUGUUAGGUUAUGUUGGAUACAGACUGUUAGGUCUUGUCAGUUAGAAAGAGCAGUUUAAGAGGAAGGGAUAAGUAUUUAGUGUCUACAAUAAACACUGUAUAGCAGCUUGUGUUGGCAAAGCAUUUCGAAGGUUGCACUUGUGUUGCUUUACGUUUUUUGAAAUGGAGCAUUGUAUUUUGCUGAAUGACAGGACUGGUCUUUUACAAACGGUUUAAUCAGAUCUACUUUAUCCUUGCAGUUUAGUAGAGACUUGUGUACAAGGUAUUUACCUUAAUGAUCAUGCUUAUCUAUACACCCUGUAGAUGUUAGUACUCAUAAGAUUUCCCACCUUACAUAGAGCAACCAACAGUAUUAUUAAAGAUGUCCUUUAGUCACUUUUUAUUUUUAACAAAGCUAAACCACUAAAGCCAACUAUGAGACAUGUUGUAUGUACUGCUUGCCAAUUAAAGUUUAUAGAUAUUGAGCACACACCCAGAAUACUUUCUCCUUCACUGAUGAUGUAUCGGAACAUGAAACAUGAGAGUUCAUAUGGUGAAGGGGGAUACAUGUGUGCACCUUUGCUCAGUCAUUUUUUGAAUUAUGUUGGCGAUUAAAGCAGCUAUUGGAAAUAUGAAAUUCAAAAAAGUGUUGUCCAGAACCCUUGAUUUGUCUGUGUAUUCUGGGUUUGCUUGGUGCUGUCAAUCUUUCACGUUAUGCCCUGCCACAAUUUUUCAUUACUUCUGCCUGACCCCAGCCGCAAUAAUCAUUGUUUUAUUCUUACUAACGCCUCUCUCUGUUUGUUCUGGUUUCUUAAACUACUGUUGUCUUAUUUUCUUUGCCUGUUGCCCUGUUCUGUUUUUCUCUCAUCUGUGCUAUUGUAGCUUAUACUACUGUGAGUUCCCUGCACAUCAUUACAGUAUGUUCCUUUGUGCUGUAUUGGAAUAUCUGUCCAUCCCAAUAUACCUUGGAAAAUAAUCACUGUAUUGCAAAAGAGCUCUGUACAAAAUAUACAUAGUUUGCAGUCUGGACAUGUACCUUGAAGAGCUGGUGUAAUGUUUUUUUUUUAUUUAUCUUAUCUGCUUUGCUGUGAUAGUUAGCGAUAUGAAACCCAAACCUUUUUCUUCCGUGAUUCGGACAGGGUAUAACAUUUAUAAAAAAAAAAAAAUCCAAUUUACUUUUAUUAUCAAAUUUGCUUUGUUCUCAUAUUAAUUUUUGUUGAAGAGAUACCUAGGUAGGUAGCGUGCACGUCUGGAUCACUACAUGGCAGGCAAAAGUCCUGCCAUCUAGUGCUAAUGCAAAUGUAUAACAUUCUUGUAAAACUGCUUUCAUAUAGUGCUACUGAUACAUGCACGCUCCUAAGGCUUACCACCUGCUUUUAAACAAAGGAUACAAAGAAGUUGUAGUAGAAGUAAAGUGGAAACGUGUUUAAAAUUACAUUUUCUAUUUGAAUUAUGAAAGACAUUUUUGGGGUUUCGUGUCCCUUUUUAAGGGCAGAUAUAAAUAGCAGUCGAGCAGUCACUGUGUAGCAUGUGGGAUGGUCAGUGUUCUGAAUUCCAAGGAAUGCAUUACAUUUGUUUUGAAGGGAGUGGAAAAACUAACAUUUUCAGGUUUAAAUUAUAGAAGUAUAAAUAUACAAAAUAAAAAGGCUUUGCACAGUU